UAAUUGCUACCCCAUUUUGAGCUCUCUGAGUGCACAGAGGGCCUCAGACGUUGCAACACAUCAAUUCCAUCACGCAAAGAGGAUCCAGUUGAACAGCAAUGAAUGACUCCGUGCUCAAUGACACCCAAUAUGACACGGACUACGGCGAUGAAGUGUGCGAAAAGGGGGAGGUGGUCAAGUUUGGAUCCAUUGCCGUUCCUGUGUUCUUCUCCGUUGUGAUCACACUGAGCCUGAUGGGAAACAUCCUCGUCCUCGUAGUCCUUGCGUUGUACGAAAACCUCAAGUCUCUCACCAACAUUUUCAUCCUGAACCUGGCCAUCUCUGACCUCGUCUUCACCGCCGGUCUGCCCUUCUGGUCCAUUUACCACAUCUGGGGAUGGUUGUUUUCCGAGGUCCUUUGCAAAAUAGUGACUUUUAUCUUCUUCACCGGCUUUUACAGCAGCGUCCUCUUCCUGUCAACCAUGACCAUCUACAGGUAUCUGGUGGUGGUCCACCCGCAGUCCGUCCUGAGCCCACAGAGACCCAGCACCAGGAUUUACAUCUCUAUUGCACUGUGGAUGAUCAGCAUUGGAGCUGCCAUUCCCUCCCUGCUCUACACCACCAUUGUCUCCAUCCCCCACAAAGGCCAACACUCCCUGGGCUGUGAGUACGAAGACCCCCUGUGGAAAACCGUCAGUGUUUUCCAACAGAACAUUUUCUUCUUGGUCGCUUUGGCAGUAAUGGCUUUCUGCUACGUUCAGUUACUGUGGAAAAUCACGAGAACGAGAUCUCACACGAAGAAACGAGCGGUGAAGCUAGUCUUCUCCAUCGUGGCCGUGUUCUUCCUCGGCUGGGUGCCGUACAACGUGGUCAUCUUUCUGCGGGUGUCGGCCGACGCGUCAUCCGACCUCUGUGACACGAGCAUCCAUCUCGACUACGCGUUCUACGUGUGCCGGCUCGUUGCUUUCUCCCACUGCUGCCUGAACCCCGUCUUUUAUGUGUUCGUCGGGGUGAAGUUUAGGAGUCAUUUGAAGUCGUUGCUAAAGCGAUUGGUCACUCGAAGUCGAGCCGAAGAGCAGCCGGUUAGAAUGAUAGAAAUGUCCCGUGGAUCAAUCUUCUAGUCGCUGUUUGAUGUGAUUUAAUUCCCUCUUGUUCGCUGAGGUCCAAAUGUGUUUUUGGUGAAAGUAAUCCUGCUGAAAUAUGAAAAUAAGGGGCUCACACUUUGCACUUUGUAGCAAUCCACAGAAUAUUCAAAUCAGACCUUUUCUAUUCAUCCUGUCAGAGUACACAGUUAUUAUUAGACCAUGCAACUUGAAUUGUUAUUUACAUUCAUUAACUGGCACUUUAAAAAGGGAUUCAUGUUUUUUGCGGACAUGUAAAUAGUCACAGUGGAAGUAGAGACAUUGUAUAAAUACUCUCGCUUACUCUCGAUGUUUCCACUGUAAUUAGAAUUCAUUAUUGUAUUUUGAUAAAAAUGUUUCUUGCUUGGCUUCUAUGUUGUAAUGCAACUGAAUACGCUUGUAUGUAAUAUUUCAUCCGUUAAUGGUGCCACAGAGUAAAAAGAAAAUGAAAGGUAUUGGCAAUUUUGAGUUGCUCUGUGCAAUAAAAGACAC